CUGUUAUAGCAACAGACGUCAGAUCAACGAGAAAUAACUGAAGGAGAGAGACCAGAGCCUCCAACCAACCAGCAACCCAACUGACUUCAUCCACUUGAGGCUUCAGUGAGAAAGACCAGGGCCUGCUCUCGUUACCCAGUUUACCUCGAAGGCUGUUGGCAGUUUGGAUUUCUUCUUUCACCUCUAAGAGUUUUCUGGAAACGUUGCCAUCAUGUCGACGGCUGUGGAAGCGACCGGGUUCAUCAUGUGCAUAAUCAGCUGGCUGGUCACCGGAGCCUCGCUGGUCAACGACUACUGGAAGAUUUCCACCGUGUCCGGCAGCGUCAUCAUCUCCCAGAGGCAGUUUGAAAACUUGUGGCACGCCUGUGCCGAAAACAGCGCCGGCAUCGCCGAAUGUAGAGACUUUGAAUCGCUGCUUGCGCUCCCUGCUCACGUGCAGGCGUGUCGCGCUCUGAUGAUCAUCUCCCUGCUGCUCGGCCUCGGCUCCAUGAUCGUGGCUCUGCUCGGACUCAAGUGCAUCAAGAUUGGAUCUUCCACCAACGAAUCCAAGGCCAAGCUCGCAGUGGUCGGAGGAAUCCUGAGCGCCCUCUCUGGUCUGUGCUGCAUGAUAGCAGUUUCCUGGUAUGCCUUCAUGGUAGUGGAGGACUUCAACAAUCCGUUCCUCGGUGGUGUGAAGUUCGAGCUGGGCACCGGCCUCUACCUGGGCUGGGGUGGAGCCUCUCUGAGUAUUCUGGGUGGAGCUUUACUCUGCACCGCCUGUAAGAGAGCGUCACCUGGAGGCAAGAAAGGUGGUUACUAUGGAAACCCGCCGCAGAAGGUCUACACAGCUACAGCCAAGUCAGAUCCGGAUUCAGCCCGAGCUUACGUCUAAACACACGCGUGUUGUUCUAUCUGUACACCUGUAAGGACGUUUACAUUCAUUUCCUGAAGGCUCACCAUAACUUUGACCUCGUCCUGAAACUCUUACAACAAAGUUUGAACCCCUGAAAAUAAGUUUUUGUUUUUGUGGGGACCAGCUGUGACAGUCCCCACAUUGUCAUGAUUACAAACACACUCGCUCUGUAAACAUACUGCCCGGUCUCUGAUUAAGUCUAAUAAACUCUCGACGUUCUUUUUCUGUCCUUUUGAAACGUUUGCUUAUUUUUAUAAAAGAGUUUUUGAGGUGAAAUCUGAAAUCUGAAUCUCUGAUGAUUGUUGAUGAUUGUUGUUUAAUCCAGUUUGGAGUUUAUUAUAAUCUUAAUAAAGUUUGUAUUACAUGAUAAAUAUGUUUUUGA